AUGGAAUCUCCAACAGAAAGGCAGAAGAUGCCCGCGGAUUCCAAUCUUGUUGACCUCGAAGUUAACGACGAGUACUCUGAAGAUUAUAGUGACACUGAGGAAGAUGAUUUUAUUGUCGAUGACGAGAACGACGAUAUAAUUUACGAACCUGGAUAUGAUCCCGAUCAAGAACUUCAACAAAAGAGAGCUCGACUCGACUACAAAUUAAAAUCAACAUUCGAAUCAAUCUUCGAAAAAUAUGGGAAAGAUUUCGAUGGAGUUGGGGAUGAAAUUGACUUGCUUACUGGGGAAAUAUUGGUUGAUAAUGGGCAUUUGAAAGAGAUGCAAGAUGAGCGAGAUGCUGGAAGCAAAAAGGCGGGAGGUAGUCUGUUAAGAGCCUUGACCGCCGAACCAGAGUGUGUCACAGAGACAUCGGGCGACGAAUAUAGCAAUGUGGAAGAAGGAGAUGAUAGGGAAGAGGGAGAUAACGUACGCGACAAAAUAGUUGAUAAAGAUGAUGUGGCCGAAAUGAGUGAUGAGGAUAUGGAGGAGGACGACAUUAUUUUACGUGGCUACGAUGAACCGAAACAGGAGCUUUUUCUUGACAUGGCAUCUACGACAGAGACAGAAUGCAUUCGGAACAGCACCCCUAGAAACGAUUUACAACAGCGUCAGAUUGUACAAUCUGAAGGACACAGCAUUUCUUUUCCUUCAUAUAAUGAAAUUUUACGUUCAUUUGGACCUGAAGUUGCCCCUCAAAUUGUGAGCCUCAUUUCACAAAAGCAAAGCCACGAUGACACCGAUAUCGAACCAGCCUGGCGAGCACCUGAGUUGCCUUCACUAGAACCAAGAAAGCGGUCAUCGUUGAGAGCUUUUAUUCCAGAGCCAGAAACUGAGCGUAGUCCAUCUCCCGGUAUUUCUGGGUCGAUAUGGGCUCUACCAAAAGGACGAGGCGCAAAAGGAACUCCAAGAGCUACACAUAAACCAACAUUACUUUCGGACGGAUUGAGCACUUCAAGUCAUGCUGCCUCACCACGGGGUCACAAUUUAUUCACGGAAGAAGAGGACAAGACGCUCAUCGCAAAGGUAGCCGAAGCACGCGAUCAGGGUCUCCCGUUUGCAACGGAGUCUAUAUGGGAAGGAUUAGAAAUUCUAAAUAGCCGGCACUCGAGAGUUUCUUGGAAACAGAGGUACCGCAAAAAAUAUCUCCAUUUGUGGUCUAAGGAAUGCUCAACUAGACCAGGUUCUCGUGGGUCAUAUAAUGAAAAAGAUCGGGAAACAGAAUCGAGCAUUAGAUCUGCAUCACGUAUUUCGCACCCGAUAUCUUCCUUCCAACGAUCUUCCAGAACUCGAAAGCCUGCCCAGCAGGCAUCGACUUUAGUUAGUUGGUCAGAUGCUGUUGCCACAAUCAAAUUCUUGGACCGUAGAUUACACAAGGAUUUGGCUCGAGACGCCAGUGUAUUUGACUUGACCGAUGUCAGACCGGUGGAUGUAGAUGAAGACGCCUUGAAUUUGAGGAGCUCUGAUUUGGAAUCUUCGGAGGAAAGUGAUGGUCAGCCGGAACUUCCUACACAUAUCGGCCCUAAAGUUCAGAGGAUUGCGCCAGUCACUGUUAAUCCCGCCUACGAAUUCUCAGAUGAAGAAACUGGGUCUAAUCUUGAGGCGACGCGACAUUCAAAAGGCUCAACAACCAAGCUCAAGAAAGGAGCAAGAAAAUCGAGUAGUAGCAAAUUGAAAGGUGGAACUAGUAGGAAACCAAAAUCUUCUGAAAAGAAAAGCACAACGAAGUCCGUGUCAGAGGAAGUUGAUGAGUUGAGCCUUGGCCUUGAGGGAGAUGCCGUUUUGUUUCUCUGCUCAUUGCCAGGAAAGGACAAACAAAAGGGGUCUCGAACUACUAUCAAACGGGAGGAAAAACAAGUAGCAGUCUCCGAAACAAAUCCUGUCGCUUUUGUGCCGCCGAAGAAAGGGUUGAGCGUUCUCAAAGAUCUUGAUGAGUUUGACGAGCUUAGUGCCGAAUGGCCACAGUCCCUACCUAUCGCUUCUCCCAAAAAACCUACACUCGAAAUAAAAUCUGAACCUGAGCCUGAGAUUGUUGAUAUUGAUGUUGCUCUAUCAGAUAGAGUAAAUGAGACUGGCAUUGAUAUAUUUGAUAUUGAUCAACUUCCGGAAACGUCUCCAAGAAAUGCUCUGGACUCACGGAGGAAACAUAGGACGAACAGAAAAUUUAGUAGUAGUGCUGUUAUUCCUUCAACUUCACAAGUUGAGUCGUCACCUACUGUUGCAGUAGAUGAAAGGAUACAGUCGAGAAUGCAACAGAGGAGAAAUUCUGUUGAUAACGGUCCUGUACCGCGCACUUCGUCGCCUACUCGGUUCUCCCCUAUACCUCGUCCCAAACGAAAAUUCGUUGACCUGGAUGAGAAAGAAAAUACGCCCCUUACCCCAUCACAUCACGUUAACCAAGAAAUUGAGACACCUACAUUCGACUCUGAAGAUUUAGCUCUCCAGAAUAUGAUCAAUGGUAACAGAACGCCUACUGUAUCACCAUACAAGAGGAGAGGGGGUAUCAUCACACCCACUCGCAGUGAAUCAAGGAAGUCAAGAACGCCUCUUCUUGACUAUGCCACACCUACCCGAAGAGAUCUUAUGAGAAAAAGGGAAUUGAGAGAUUCAUCACAUAGUCCAGGAAUGGUACAAACGCCCGGAGGAACGCUUCGAAAAUGCGGAAAAGAUGGGUUCGCGUGUCAGAGGGCUUUUUGCUUUAGAUGUGGAUUGAGUGCUAAACGAAUGGGUGGAUAG